AUGGGCAAAGACAAGGAAAGUGGCAAGGCGUUUUUCAAACGAAUGGAGAAAACAUAUCCAAAUGAAUUUCGCGCGGACGAUUCGGUUCUAUUUUGCAAAAUGUGUGAUGUUCCAGUAACUGCAACUCAAAAAUGUCAAGUCGAACAGCACCGCAAGACAGGAAAACACGCAUCAAGCAUUGCUCGAAAAAAUAAAACUGGUGACAAUAAAACUCAAACUCUGCUCACAACAGUGAAGAAUGACACAGCUGAUAACGACCGUGAUGCAAUUGAAUUUCACAAAGAUCUGGCCAAAGCAUUUGCCCAAGCAAAUAUUCCAUUUCAUAAAAUUACACAUCCAGCGGUCAAAGAGCUCUUUGAAAAACACACAAAGUAUGCCUUGCCAUCAGUUUUUACACUGCGCAACAAGUACCUGCCCCAAUUGUUUGAUGAAACACUGACAAAAUUAAAGCAAAUUGCAGCAGAUCAAUUUAUUUGGGUGUCUCUUGAUGAAUCGACCGAUUGCGAACAACGAUACGUUGUCAAUUUUGUCUUUGGUGUAUUGGGCGUUGUGAAGGAAUUCGGUCGAAGCUAUUUGUUUGCGUCGAAGGUGUUGGAUGCAGUCAAUAACAGCGCAAUUGCCGCAUUUUUCGACGAGUGCAUAAAUGAACUGGGCGUUCAAAAGUGCAAAGUUCUCCUAUGUUUGACUGAUGCGGCAGCGUACAUGAUAUGUGCAAUGGAUGCAUUGAUUAUUCUAUACCCAAAAAUGAUUCAUUUUACUUGUGCUGCUCAUGGAUUACAUCGAGUGGCGGAAUACGUACGCGAUGAACACAAGGAUGUGAACAAACUGAUCUCAAACGUGAAGAAAAUGCUUACAAAGGUAAAAUGAAUCGGUUUUAUUGCAAAUUGUGAAACGUUAAAAAAACAAUUGUUCGUUUGUGCAGGCUGCAUCACGUAAACACAAAUUCAAGGCAAUGUUUCCCGAUUUACCUUUUCCACCGCAGCCUGUUGUGACUCGCUGGGGGACUUGGAUUGAAGCAGCCGUUUACUAUGCGGACCAUUUCAACGAAAUCAAAACUUUUUUGGAUGCUUUGGAUUCAGAAGAUGCAAAAUCGAUAGCAAAGGCUCAAACCGUGAUCGCAAAGCCCAGUUUGAAAAAAGAAUUGACUUUUAUCAAGAACAACUUCUCUUGUAUUGUCACAAACAUCACGAAAUUGCAAGCAAAGCAUGCACCGCUUGUUGAUUCUCUUGAAACAUUUGAAUCGGUGCGCAAAAACCUUCAACAAAUCCGCGGAAGAUCUGGAUUUCUCGAGAAAUUUGAUCGAGUUGUAGCUCGCAACAAGGGUUUCCAGAAAAUGAAGGAAAUUUCAAUCAUUUUGAGCACAGGCAAAAGCACCAAAAAAGACAAAUUGGUUGAAGCGCUAUCACCGGAGGAAUUGUCUGCUUUCAAAUUCGCCCCGAUUACAUCUUGUGACGUCGAGCGCACUUUUUCACGGUACAAUAACGUUCUGAGCGACAACCGUAGAUCAUUGAUAUUUGAAAACUUAAAAAAAUAUGUCGCUAUCGUUUGUAAUCAACUGGAUUAAUGCAAAACUAGUUCAAAUAAACCGAUUUUCAUCGUAAAUAUUU